AUGGAGGUCGCACGCCUAAUCCAAGAGUACGACAAACAGGAAGGUACCUGCGACAUCAGCAGUUACGAGCACGAUAUUGACGACGAAUACCUUCCCGACCUUGCUCUCAUACACCCGGACGAGGAGGAUUCUUGCCACCUUCAAAACGCGUUCAGUUCUGGGAACUCCUUGGAUGCCUGUGCGACCCUUGACCAGCAUCGUCGCCACCUCCGUAGGCAGGAACUGUACAUCGGAGGUGGGGGCCUCCCGACUAUCGUUGAGGAGGAAAAAGAAGAAUUGGAUGAGGGGGAGGCCAGGGGUAGGAGGUGUUGA